AUGGAAGACAUCCUAGAAGCACAUGGAACUCUUUUUGAAACACUUACUGAUCAACAUGCUUUUGUUCUUUAUCUUUUAACACUUCAACAAAGCCGACCACACGACAAAUUAUGUGCUAUAAUUUUCCUCGAUGCUGCACUGGAGUAUAACGAAAAUUCUUCGCUUUGUACUCCUGCCUUGUCCAAGAUUACAAUUGAAAAUUUAAAAACAUGGAACAAAUCACGAGUACCUCGUUCGCUAGAACUCAUAAAACAAGACUUGGAACUUGUGCUUCCUAUUCACCUGAUAGGAAUGGAGAAUGGAGAUAAAGAAGACCAAUCAUCUCUUUCUAAUGAAAACAUAGCUGACGAUCUGUUAGAAUUUGAAACAGAAAAAGGAAUAGUAAAAGAUCCUACUAGUUUAACAUUUAGUAUAAAUGGUGAAGAUCAUACUUUGGGAAACGCUUUACGAUAUGUAAUCACAUUAAAUAGUCCCGAAGUAGAAUAUUGCGGAUAUUCUAUUCCACAUCCAUCAGAAGAUAAACUCAAUAUCCGUAUUCAAACUACCG